GAAGAAUUUUAUGCAGUAGAAAAGAAUUAAGCAAAUGAACGUUUGGUUCUGUAAUUUUGAUGUUAAAUUUGCGCUACAACCAAUAUGGUUAAUAUACCUGAAAGCAAUAAUUAAAAAGAAAAGUUGAAUAGCCUUACGAUGUGCGAAAGUUUCAGAAUUGUAUGCGCUCUUUGCAGGGUUGGUUUGUACGCUUUAUAUAGGCGCCUUUGCUGUAAGGGUCCAUCUCCAACCAGACCAAACUUUACAGUGUUGUGCAUAGGGCUUGAGAACGCUGGGAAAAGCUCUGUUUUAGCCACACUAAGUGGGGAUGACCUGCAUAAAAUUGAGCCAACUAUUGGUUUUAGCAUAAAAGCAAUUUUGUUUGAGGAUUGCAUAUUGGAUGUGAAAGAGCUAGGAGGAGGUGACAAGGUGAGGCCCUACUGGGACAGGUAUUAUCAAGUAUUCCAGGGCAUGAUCUUUGUGCUAGACAGCAGCUCAGCUGAUGAGAAGCUCCAACUGGCCAAGACAGAACUGCUGAACGCAGUCAAACACCAGCAGCUCAAGUCUCUGCCCUUGUUGCUUUUAGCAACCUAUCAAGAUGUUCCAGGGGCUAAAAGUACAGCUGAGUUGACGCAGUAUUUGGAGCUAGACACUGAACUAGGUAGUCGCCAGUUUUUGGUCCGUGGAUGCACAGUCACUGACAGAGAUGGACUGCAACAAAUUUUUCAUGAGUUCAAUGACAUUCUAAUGAAAAAUCUGGAUGCUGAGAUAGAACACCGCAAAUCUUCACCACAGCAUGGCAAUAGAUUAUGAUCAAUAAUUUUCAUGUCGUUAUCGCAAGAUUCUGUUAAAAGGGGGUAACUGUUUAACUUAAGUCAAAAAACUUGUGUAUCUAAUCAUGAGGAUUGUUUAAGGAAAGUAGUCUUAAUGUCUGAAAUCAUCAGCCCAUCUGGUGGUUAACCAUUGAUGUCAAAAAGUGCAGGUUAACCAUUGAUGUCAAAAAGUGCAGGUUAACCAUUGAUGUCAAAAAGUGCAGGUUAACCAUUGAUGUCAGAAAGCGCUGGUUAACCAGUGAUGUCAAAAAGUGCAGGUUAACCAUUGAUGUCAAAAAGUUCUGGUUAACCAGUGAUGUCAAUAAGCGCUGGUUAACCAGUGAUGUCAAUAAGCGCUGGUUAACCAGUGAUGUCAAAAAGUGCAGGUUAACCAGUGAUGUCAGAAAGCGCUGGUUAACCAUUGAUGUGUGGCCAAUGUAUGGCUAGAUGUCAGAAAGUGCUGGUUUCAGCUUUCAGUUAAGCAAUAAUGUUGAAGAUGAAUGUCUUUAAAGAGGUGAUAUACAAGAGACUGUAGCUACUUUAAGAUCUUGCAAGUCAUAUCAUUAGUUUGGCAGUCAGGAUUUUUCUCACUUCAAAUAGAAUUGGAUUGCACAAUUAAUUUUUGAGUUGGAUAAACUCCUCUUCCCAGUAUGUUACAUUUUUGUACAUAACUGUUUGCCUAUUUAUAAAUGUAAAUACAUUAUUUAGUGGCUUUUUUUUUUGCUUGAGCAAUAAGACAUGCAUCAAGUAGUUAGAAGCAUCUAGUUUUUUAACUGUGCUACGCUGCAUUGAAUUAUAUUCACACUGCUUUGAAGUGUUUUUUUUUCCAAAAGUACAUUGAUGUACAAAGUUAAUUUUUCUCAAAAGAACAUGCAUUUUCAAAAGAAAUAUCAAACAUUUAUAAGAGAUCUAUGUGGUGAGGUUAACAUUGAUGGCUACCUGUCAACUGUUUGAAUGUUUGAGUACAUUCUCUAACACAAGCUUUUGAUCAGUUGCCUGUGUGCUAUACUAUGUAAGCUGAUUUUAACACUUCAGUCCACAUUCUUUUGACAUGUUUGUUCUGAAGCUUUUACUGACACUUGUUUUCGUCUUCUACUUGUUGUUAUUGUUUUAUUUGUGUCAAUUUACUACAUAAAAUGGCCUUAGGAUAACCUUGACCAUUCUCAAAAUGUGAUUGUUUUUAUCAAGUCAUUGAAGGGUGGCUGGUGUAAGGAUCAUGUAACAUUUCCUUGGUCUUUGUGUCCACUAGGACAACUUGUUUCAAAAAAAUUUCAAGGCACUUUCUCCAGGUUAGAUUUUUAGCUAGCCUGGCAAUGUUUGCAGACCUUUCUUCUAUUCAACCUUUCUUUGUGAUUUUUCUCUACUAUCAAAGAGGAGCCGUACAAUUACACAUAGAGAAUCUGACAUCAAUAUUUAGUCCGCUGUUUGUUUUAAUGAACUUACAUGAUUUUCCUCUUGAACAUUAGAAAGGCUAACAUUCAUUAGUUGUUUUGAUUAAUCAAGUCAGCAUGCAGACAACACUUAGACCAUGUCAGCAGUCACAUGGUGAAGUCACCAGCAGUCACAUGUUGGGGUCACAUGCUGGGGUCACCAGCAGUCACAUGGUGAAGUCACCAGCAGUCACAUGGUGAAGUCACCAGCAGUCACAUGCUGGGGUCACCAGCAGUCACAUGGUGAAGUCACCAGCAGUCACAUGGUGAAGUCACCAGCAGUCACAUGGUGAAGUCACCAGCAGUCACAUGGUGAAGUCACCAGCAGUCACAUGCUGAAGUCACCAGCAGUCACAUGGUGAAGUCACCAGCAGUCACAUGCUGGGGUCACCAGCAGUCACAUGUUUGAAAUGGCUUAUCAUUUAAUUCAAUGUCCAAAAUUAGCUUUUGUUUUUCACAUUAAUCAAAGCAUAUUUUCCAAAUGCUGAUACAUUUUUGUCAUGCUUUUAGCAGUAGAUUUCUUACAACCCUAUUAAUUUGUUAAAUUGACUUUUCAUAUGUAAUGUUAAUUAGUAGAAUCCUUACAGUCCUUUUGCUUAACAUUUUAUUUGUAUCAUCAAUGUUAUUUACCACUUGAACCUUCAGUGUCACUGUGUGAUUACAAAAUAUUUCCCUCUGCAAGUGUACCAUUUGUAAGGCUGGGAUGUGCAUAAAUAAUUUUAACUAACCCCUGCUAGGAGAUAUAGUCACAUGUCAUGUUUACAUCCUUCAUUAGGAAAACAAGUCUGUCAUUUUUUCUAAUGGGUUAUAGAAAAACUAAGGCAGCAGAGAUUUGCUGACAACAAGCCCUUUCUAUCCAUGACAUCUGUCAGUAACAUGUCAGUGCCACUGGACAGUUGGGACCAGACAUUUUUUGACAUGACAUCAGUAACAUGUUACUGUCACAUGUUGAAUUAUGUUUAGAGAUGAAAAAAGCAGCUGGAACAAUGGCCAAGUUAGUUGUCACAAACAAUGGCCAAGUUAGUUGUCACAAACAAUGGCCAAGUUAGUUGUCACAAACAAUGGCCAAGUUAGUUGUCACAAACAAUGGCCAAGUUAGUUGAUACAAACAAUGGCCAAGUUAGUUGUCACAAACAAUGGCCAUAAGUUGACACAAACAAUGGCCAAGUUAGUUGAUACAAACAAUGGCCAAGUUAGUUGUCACAAACAAUGGCCAUAAGUUGACACAAACAAUGGCCAAGUUAGUUGUCACAAACAAUGGCCAAGUUAGUUGAUACAAUGGCCAAGUUAGUUGUCACAAACAAUGGCCAUAAGUUGACACAAACAAUGGCCAAGUUAGUUGACACAAACAAUGGCCAAGUUAGUUGUCACAAACAAUGGCCAAGUUAGUUGAUACAAUGGCCAAGUUAGUUGUCACAAACAAUGGCCAUAAGUUGACACAAACAAUGGCCAAGUUAGUUGUCACAAACAAUGGCCAAGUUAGUUGUCACAAACAAUGGCCAUAAGUUGACACAAACAAUGGCCAAGUUAGUUGUCACAAACAAUGGCCAAGUUAGUUGUCACAAACAAUGGCCAUAAGUUGACACAAAAUGUAGUGUGGUGACUGAAUGCAGGCCAGAGAUUUGUCUCAUUUCUGACCACUAUUGUUUGCCUGUCAGAUGGGUAACAGAGCACUGGUCAGCAGCUAAAAGAUUUCUGAAGUGAAAUUUUUAAAAAAAUUCAAGACUUUCUUAUCAAACAAUGGCAGCUCCAUGAUAGAAUGAAUAGUAUAUAUCCUAGCCUCAGUCCUAUGAAACAUAGGAUGCUUAUUAAAUCUUCUCCAAACCAAUUUGUCAUAAGAUUUUCUUCAAUGUUUUGUUUUACUCAACUGAGGUUUUGUCCAUUUCUUUAUAAGUGAUUAGCACAUAACAUUUAUGUAUGGCUGAUUGUUAACCACUGACAAGUUUCUUUGAAGGUGUGAAUGUUAUAAACUGUUUUUAAAACUAAAUUUAAGUGGUGUUACCCAUUUUUGAAUAUCUACCUUGUAUAUUUUGAUCUAUGAAUCCAUUGAAUUAAUUGUUGGUUUUGAUUACAUGUGUUUGGUGUUACACUGUUAUUUACUAGUCCAGCUUUUGUUUGAUUAUGUGAUGCACAAUUUUUGUCAUCUCUCCGUGUAAUUUAUCUUGUUUUCUAAAGACUAGAUAUAUUACUGUCCUAAUUGCCUUCUGUUGUAAGAGGUUUUGUUUAGUUAUGGUCAACAUUAGAUUUGAUGCAUGCUGCUUUUAUUUUACCAUAAUUAAUUACAAGAUCUCAACUAUUUCUUUAUUUUUUGUAUGGUUUCUGUAACAGGUUGCUAAAAUUAUUUAACUUAACGGCACUUAUAUACUUCUAUAUUGUGCCAGUGUGUUACAUCAAUGGCUAUUACUUGUUGACACUGAAGUUUAAAGCAGAUCAAAACUUUAUACUUUAUAUAAUGUAAGUGAUGCUGAUACUCAAUUUAGUCACAUAACCAGUGUUUUUUAUCAAAAGUAUCAAAAUAGUUGUACAAGUUCUAAGAGUAUCAGAAUAUUUGUACAAGUUCUAAGAGUAUCAGAAUAUUUGUACAAGUUCUAAGAGUAUCAGAAUAGUUGUACAAGUUCUAAGAGUAUCAGAAUACUUGUACAAGUUCUAAGAGUAUCAGAAUACUUGUACAAGUUCUAAGAGUAUCAGAAUAUUUGUACAAGUUCUAAGAGUAUCAGAAUACUUGUACAAGUUCUAAUGGUAUCAGAAUAUUUGUACAAGUUCUAAGAGUAUCAGAAUAUUUGUACAAGUUCUAAUGGUAUCAGAAUACUUGUACAAGUUCUAAUGGUAUCAGAAUAUUUGUACAAGUUCUAAGAGUAUCAGAAUACUUGUACAAGUUCUAAACAGACUUUCAAAAAAGGAAAUGGUGCUUCCUGGAUUAAAAAUGGUCAUCUAAAAUUAGAGUUGUAAUGAGCCAGUUUGCUGCAGUGUUUGUUUGAUUCUGUCAAUGCUUUCAUACCUUUUGUGUCAUGUUUAUGUUAAGAUUAUUUUUUAAUUGGUGGAAAAAUAGCCAAUCAUGUACUUUGUUAGCUAAGAUAUUCAAUGUUAUUGUCUUACUUAGUUUUUCUGUAUUGAAUGUUAAGAACCAUUGUGAGGCGUGCUGUCAUCUGUCUACUGGGAGUUGAUAGUGGAUCUCCCUCCAAAAAUAUAACAAAGAUGUUGAGCCUUAUAAGCUACGCCCAUCUUUCAAAUACAUUGAUUACUCUUCAAUAUUGCACCAUCUAAGAAUCACAAUGAUGAGUACAGUAUGUGGCUCAGCUUUUGUCAUUAGUUUCUCAAAUAUAUUUGGUCAUAAUGCUCAAAUUUUUACAUGAGGAAAUAUUUUAGAAACAAGUACUAAGUUGCUGCACUCUGCAUGAACACACAAGUUGUUGACUUAAGUUGCCUGCAAGAUGUUGACUUAAGUUCCUACAGCCUGCA